AUGGCUUUAUUUGUUGCAUUUCUUUGUCUCAUUGGGUUGGCAGCUGUUCAUCCCUCACAUGCUCAAAACUCACAACAAGACUACCUCAAUGCACAUAACACUGCUCGCGCCCAUGUUGGGGUGGCAAACAUCAUAUGGGACAGCACGGUCGCCGCUUACGCUCAGAACUACGCCAAUUCGAGGAUCGCAGACUGCAACCUCGUGCAUUCCGGAGGGCCUUAUGGCGAAAAUUUGGCAAAAGGAAGUAGCUCAGCCUUGACAGGCACGGCUGCAGUGAACUUGUGGGUGGCCGAGAAGCCUUACUAUAACUACACUUCCAAUUCUUGCACUGGUGGACAACAGUGUCUGCACUAUACUCAGGUGGUUUGGGCAAACUCCAUUAGAUUGGGGUGUGCUAGAGUCCAAUGCACCAAUACGUGGUGGUUUGUCACAUGUAACUAUGAUCCCCCAGGCAACUACGUUGGACAACUUCCUUAUUAA